CUGUAGAAGUAAAAUAUGUUUGCACUCAGUCGCGUUAGCGAGGAACACGAACAAUAUUUUCUCAUUUUAACGUCCAAGAGAAAUCAAAUUUCGCCUGUCGCUGUUUUAAUAUCAGAUACCUAGUGCCGCUCCCUCCGUUUUUUGUUCUUGAAUUCACCAGCUACCUUCUUUUUUCCUAUUUCUAUCUUAUCCACAACAGCGAAAGCCAUGGUAUUCUUCUCCCUUCGAAGAAGAUCCGCGUCCGCCAGUUCCCGCCGGCCUGCAUGGAUGAUCUUGCUUUUCGCACUGCAGUUGUUUUGCGACGAAGCUUCUGCCGCGUACACCGCAGACACAGAGUGCUGCUUUCCGCCGCUUCGACAUCUCCUCCAACGAGAGCAAAAAUUUGGAAACGACUUGUCACAAACACUUCCGUCUACGAAAGUUAUCGGACGACGGACUAGCUACAACAUUGCCUCUCAACAGGACCAACGACAACCCGAGACCCCCCAAGAAGACGUGGGACCUGUAGCUGCGUCACUGAAUAGUCGAGCGAGUUCUCUUUCCUGGAUGCGGUUCAAGAGCAGGAACAGGGCACCGGUGCUUCAGGUGCUCCCCAUGAGCGACGCGACGCCAAUUGUCUCCUUCCAGCAAGGUGUUGUUUUUGGGUCGGACGAUUGGCGGAGGUGGACGGUAUACCAGCUGCAGGCGAAAGUCGAACAGAUUCUGAAGCGGACGAAAAAGAUCUUUUAUCCAAAUAACCUCCGGAUUAGACUAGUAACCACUGGUGCUUCUAUCGGACGAGGUAUCCGCCACUUUGACGGGAUUGGAAGUUGUUUGAAAAAGUGUAGUAUCGCUAAGCAGGGAGAAGAGGAGCCACCGGAUCGGUGCAGAGUUCUAGACCGGAGCGACUUCCGAAGGACCUUGGGGCAGCAGCUACUAGGAAAUAAAGGCCCGCGCGGAAUUCUCAUGUAUCAGAAUCGAGGAAACAUCGAUGAGACACCAGUUAUCCCAGUCACGGCCGUGAUAAUUUCCGAGGGCCGCGACAUGCCUUUCGCGGAACUCCUGCUCGCGCGCGGGCAGCAAGAAGAUUUCAGAAGUGGCAUACCUACAACUUUUGAUGUGAUCUCUCCGAGAGAGCUGUCGCAGCACGCCUCGUUGUUCCCGGUGGAAUUUCGCCAUUCCUUAGCAUUUUUAAGACGAUUCAUCCAAGAGUUGCCGCAGGUGAAAGGGCACACAGCAACGACGGGAGUAAAAGCAGGUUGCUCCACAGUGGCAACGCUGGCGGAGCAGCUGGAGUUCGCUUUCGUCGAGGGGAGGAAGGUACGUAAGCAGGCGUUUCUUACGCGAAAACCGCGUCCGAGGUUUUCCUGCUGCGUGUCAGAGGUUCUGCAGCAGCCGGUGGUCAGGCCGCGGCUGGCGCAUUUUCUGGGGCUCGUUGAGAAAGCGCUCGCGCGACCGGUAGCGAAAAGUAAGCAGGCAGUUCAAGUGAUUGACGAACAAACUGUAGAGUGGGCGACUUAUGUGGGCGGGGGAGAUCAUGAGAUUGGCAAUUAUGGAAAGAACAAACCCUUCGGAACAAGAAGGAAAAGUGUAAAGGAGCCUGUCUUUCGCGACACUCGAAGAGUGCAUUUUGCGGACACUACCCAGAAGCGCGAUGCUGUGGAAGUUUCCUGGCGAAAGGUACAGCUGCUGCGCGGGCACGACAUUUGGACGUAUCAAUUGUAAAAAUGUCUGGGUCUGGAAGAAUGCGCGACUUGUCAUGCUGCUUUUCCAUGACCCAUGAGGUCUGGAAUGCAGGGCCUAGCAUGAUAGAUUCUGCGAGACCUUUCCAAUGCCUAUCCUGCAUGAGAAACUACCUCCCGACUUGGUCAAAACUGGACGACUUUUGGUAAUCAUGCAACACAGAUUUUUGCAUGCUGCAGAUUUUGUGAUACCUCUACCGCAUGAGAAAUGCCCUCUCCGUGUAGCACAAACUGGAGUCCUCUUGCACUUGCUGGUCAUGCAAUACAAUUUUUUUCAGAAUCCAGAGACGAAAGCGCUUCGUGAAUUGAAAGCACUUCGUUUUUUGGAAGCACUACGUGAUGAAGCAAGUAGCUCAUGUAGAAAUAAGCAGCAGAUACUUCAACGCCUGCGCAGCUUACGGGGGGGGUGACUCCUGUGGUCCCCCCCCACUCGUUGCGCCUUUUCCAAAACUGCAGGGCUGUGCUUUCUUUUUUUCCCAGCAGUGGCUGGUGGGGUAGGAUUAAGCUUUGGGGUGAGUCAGCGGGUGUGUAGUCGUAGCGUAGAGUAGUACUAGAGUCGCCGCAGCGUCGUAGUGGGCAGUGCUAACGUAGUGUGUGUUGUUUAUUAUGUAUCCCUUGGAAGCGGAAGGUAGGCCUCGUGUAUUAGUCUUGCGCCCUUUUUUCUUCAAUGAUAGAGUCGCAAAAUGUACUGGCGGACGACCACACGCCGCGAGGAGGACCAUUGCGCGGCCUGCUUGCGAGGGAAUACACAGAAGCGUGGGCGGCGAGGCAAUGUGGGAGCAAGAGCGCGGCCCGGAUUUUAUCAAACAGGUACGGCCUAUGGCCUCGGGAACGCCGAGCAUACCCGCGCACUUCUUCGUGAAUCGCCCAC